ACGUGUUUGUGAGCGCGAGUGUCGCCAUGGCCCUUAGUAUCCGAUACUUCGUAACUUUCCUGAUUCUCCGGGGGAUAAAAUCUUCAGUCCAGUUACCUCGGCUUGGAGUCCCAUGCUUCAUCAAUCUUCCUCACAGUAACUCUACUCAAACCAACCAUCUACUAUAUCCUCAGCAAUCAGCCUGCAACCAAAACAAUAUUCUUCAUCAUUUGAUUCGUGUCGUAUCAUCAAAGCCUGAUGGCAAUUUCUUUUUGCAUCAUUCCAAGACUCAAAGAAAUAAACCGCUCGUAUCACAUAAAAAUCAUCUUCCGGACAUCAGUACAACAACCCAUUCAAACCACUCUUCUUCCUUUAAGAAGUUAGAACUGCAAGAAAGAACAAAUUAUGAUAGUCUUAGGUCAAACCUCAGACAGACCCAAGGGCAAUCAAAACCUUUAUGGUUUGUACCAGUUAACAUUGAUAACAAUACAAAUUCUGUACUAAGAAAUGUUACAUCUGUGAAUAAUUUCGACCAUAUGCACGUUUCUAAAAUUGGUAAUGAUUCAUAUUUUGAUUUAACAGAUUAUAAUUUGCACAGACAUUCUAAGUCGGUAGCAUACAAUGCAUUGCCGUUUCGUCUAAAUGUAUAUCAAGCAUUUUUGACAGGAGCUAAGAAUCCUUUGAAAAGGAACUCAUCUACAACUCGAACUUCUCGAAAGAGAUCAGUACCAUUAACUUCAAGGGUUACAAAUUUUGGUGGGAUUCGAAAUAAAAGGCAAAACCCAGUUUAUUUGGUUCAACUUCAACCACGACCAGUGAGAGUAGUUCAAAAGAAAAUCAGUUCUCCUUUGAAUUUGAUCAAUAUUUUAUCAUUUGAUUCUAUAAAUGAUGAUAAGCAAUUUAAAUCAUUUCCCCCAAAAAGUACCUCAUCUCAGAUAUCAGAGUUUUCUUUUACUGAUACAGUUAAAUCUACACCUUUGCCAGCAUCUGACAGUGAAGUUUCAGAUCUAGUAUCUGUACUUAGCGCAGCACCACCUCCAGUGCAGAAAACCAGCAGAGCCAUUACAAGACAAAUCACGGACAGUGAUGUAGUGCAAGUUUUGGCAUUUCUUAGCAGAACAUUACCUGUUAACAGACAGUCCAAGACUAAGGUGGAACAUAUUUUCACCAUGAAGCCGUCAUUGGACAGCAACAUUCCUGUAACAUUUCGUCCUUCUCCCAAAGACCCUUUUCUUACUCCACCUGAAGGUAACAAGGUUGCUAACAGUCAUAACUUUUCGUCUGUAAACAAUGCACCUUCAAGCUUCCCUUUACCUUUAUUUACGCCUUCAUUGCCAAGAUUUUCACAGGAACCAUUGCCAGUCAAAAUUCUCCAUCAGAAUACACUGGGGCCAAUAUCAACAGCAGCUCCUUUUAUUCUUCCAACCAAUGAACCUUCAUCCUUCUUCAUGGAAGUCAAUCAUUCUUCCACAAGUCUUAAAGGAAAACCAGAAAAUAACAGUAACUUCUUCUUCCCCACCUUUCCAUCUUCCUUAUUUCUCCAAGAGCAGCUUGCUAACUCAGUAUUAGAAAACCAAAAUGUUCAUAGUCCUAACAAAGAAAGGCCAUCCAGAAUUUUAUUGCCACCAACUUCUUCCCAAGGAGAAUUACCACCAUUUGUUGAAGGAAUCAACACGCCAACUACCGCAACUUUUGAACACAAUGGUCGUAACAUUACUGAUCUUAAGUUUCUCUUCAAUCCCAGUUUAAAGGGAAGUUUGUUAUCUAAAAAUGUCGCUGACAAUCAAAUGCCAAAGUUGCCUUGGCCAGUCUUUGGGCCAUGGAAACCAAUUACCAGUCCUCCAAAGGUUCUUUCUAGUGCUGGUGGUGAUUCAGAAAAGGAAGAAAACCUUGUUUUUACCAAUGGAGAUGCACAAGAGGAUGAUAUAAGUAUUUCAACAGAUUUAAAACCUAAUAUCUUUUCCCCUACCCGAAACUUUUCUCAGACAGGUGCACUUAUUUUUAAAGAUCAGAAUUUUCUUUAUGUUUCUGUGUCCACUCCAGAAAAUCAGAGUACAUCUGUUACUCAACCUGAAUAUGAACCUGAAUUGCUUACACAAUUAAAAUUAAAUUCUCCUAGUUCAAUCGUGUCUGAUGCAUCUUUGCAUCCUCUGGCACAUGCAAUAACAGGUCAACAUGUCCCCCAAUCUCGCAAGGAAGAGCUUCAUAGACCACAAACAUUUAUUCAGACUCAGUCUGUAUUGCAGGAAAAUCAGGUUCACAAAGAUAAACCCAUGGCUCAGUCACACCCUCAAAACGUGAGUCAUACACUGACUGCAGUUCUUCAACAAUAUGAAGGUAAUGAUUUACAAAGUGGUCAACAUAUGUUCCUGACAGAAGAAAAUAUUAAUCUUGACCCUCAUAAUCAACCAAUAACCAAGAGUCAGGAGCAUUCAGGACUACAACUUCUUUCUAACUCUCAGUUUCAGCAAGAAAUUCCAGCAAAUGAAUUACAAACUAAGUUUCAGUCAGAUCAGAAGGUUCAAGUGAAACCAGAGGCUCAGCAGUUUCACCAGGGACAGCUGCAGACAAAUGUUGGAUCAGAAUCUCAUGGAGAAAACCAGGACAAACAGCAACUCCAGAUUAAACUGCAAAUGCAAAGCCAGUUACAAACUCAUUUUCAGUCAGAACCUCAUUUUGAGUUACAAUCAGAAAUACAUUUGCCAUUUAUGUCUCAUUUAGAAUUCAAACAUCAGACAGAGUCCCAAGUGGAACAAGAAGCUCAGUCUCAACCAGAAAAACAGAAGGGAGACUUUCAGUUGCCGUCACAUAUUCAGUUAGAAUCUAAUUUGCAGACUAAACCUCAGUUACAAUCGACACAAACAUUUUUGGCGGCUCAAACUCAGUCAGAAGGCUCCUCUCAUGCUGACUCUCAUGGGAUUUCAGAGGCCCAGUCCCCAAUAAUGCAAGAAGUGCUGUUAGAAGAUUAUAAUCAUAACAACGUAGACCCAAAUCUUCAAUUGCAAACUGAAAAUAUGUUCAAGCAUUUGAUUCAAUCACAGUCUAGUGAUGGAUUGGGCCAAGAACUACAGUCUGGGCCCCAGUUUCAGGUACAACCUCAUAUACAGUCAAUGCUUCAGCUACCACCUAACCGUGACUUCCUUUCCGAAGAAAUCUCGCACAUAAAAUCUCAGUUCCAUUCUGAGCCUCAGCCUCUUUUUAAACAGCAAGUUAUAACAGAACCUAGGCUGAAUUCGGUGCCACAAAAUGAAGAUAGUUCGUUUCAGGUGCAACCAUCAAGUGAAGCGGCAAAAGCCUUGAGGCUGAGACAAGGUUCUCCAAAGGUAGGCCGUGAUAAACAAAGGAAAACCAUGUACUAA